CGUGGGUCUGCAUUCUUUCGGCGGCGGCAAACAUGGGCAAAGCCAAGCACCAGGAGUCGAGGGAAGAGCCGGAGCCCGAGGCGACCCCGGAGAAGUCGUACCACGAGCUGGUGGAGAACGUGAACGCCAUCGCGCGUCCUCUGGCCUCCCGCAAGUUGACGCGCAAGCUGUACAAGUGCAUCAAGAAAGCAUCGAAGCAGAAACAGAUCCGGCGUGGGGUGAAAGAGGUCCAGAAAUUCAUCAAUAAAGGCGAGAAGGGGAUCACAGUUCUUGCAGGAGACACACUUCCUAUUGAUGUCUAUUGCCACAUCCCCAUCAUGUGUGAAGACAGGAGCCUUCCAUAUGUCUACAUUCCUUCCAAAACGGACUUGGGAGCAGCUGCAGGUUCAAAGCGACCAACGUGUGUUAUCAUGAUCAAGCCCCAUGAGGAAUAUCAGGAAGCCUAUGACGAGUGUAUGGAGGAUGUGGAGGCUCUUCCCCUCCCUUUGUGAAGAACAUCAGUAAGAGAUGCUACUAAGACUGACAAACAGGCACUUGCCCGGGCAGUAGCUUGACCCUGAUUUUAGAGGAGCGGGGCAAGGAAGAGAAUACUGCAAUUGGCACUGUCACCAGCCCUGUGGCUCAUACCCGCUUCAAGUGCCAGUUAUUAAGCAACUGAUUUAGAAAGAAGUUAUUGACUUGUCUUGCAGCAAGGGAAGUUUGUGAAGCUGGGGGGGGGAGGUGGAGAGAUUAAACUAAUUAAAACACUUGUAAUGUUG